GUAUAAUUUCGAUUUGUCAUGCUUGUUUUGCAGGUUAUGUUUAUUUUUGUGAGGGUGCACGAUACAAAUAAAAAUGAAAUUUUCAUACAAGUUUAGUAAUUUACUGGGUACAGUCUAUCGCGAAGGUAACUUACUGUUCUCUUCUGAUGGCAAUUCGGUAAUCAGCCCUGUUGGGAAUCGGAUCACCAUUUACGAUUUAAAAAAUAACAAAUCUUCCACACUACCUGUUGAAAGUCGUUACAAUUACACAGCUUUGGACUUAAGCCCAAAUGGUUGUACGUUAAUCGCUAUUAACGAGCAGGGCGAAGCACAUAUGAUUAGUUUAAUAUCACAGACCAUAGUACACAAAUAUAGAUUUAAGCGAAAAGUAAACACAGUAAAGUUUAGUCCGGAUGGGAAACACUUUGCCGUUUGCAAGGAAAAUAAUGUAUUCAUUUUUAAAGCUCCUGGGCCCUUCACAGGACAAUAUAACUCUUUUAUAAUGGAACGUGUGUUUCAUGGAACAUUUGACGAAACUACCUGUAUAGAUUGGUCUCAUGACUCAAAAAUGUUAGCAGUUGGCUCUAAAGAUAAAAGUACAAAAUUGUACCCAUUGGAUAAAUGGAAGAAUUUCAAAAUGUAUACUUUGGGUAGUCACACGGAUGUUAUUGUUGGUUGUUUCUUUGAGAAGGAUAGUUUUGACAUUACUACCAUCAGUCGUAAUGGUCAGACAUGUAUUUGGGAAUGUUCCGUGGAAGCCAAAGAUUUAGUGGCAGGUUCCGAUCCCCCAAGUAAGAAACGACGAAAAGAUAUUGACUUGGAAGAAGACGAGAUUGACACAGAUAAAGUUAUAGAGCAAACUGAAGAGGAAAUUACAAAAGCACUUAUGAAUGUUAAGAUAGAAGAAAAUGAUGACUCCCAAGGCAAAAAUAAAUUAUAUUAUAAACGAUUGGCCCGUCAUUACCUAGGAGAUGAAAUUAGGAAAACUAAUCGAGAUGCAGUUUUAACUGCGGCCGCCUACCAUAGGCAAACCAAAAUUUUAGUCGUUGGGUUCUCGACCGGCGCGUUUGUAAUUCAUGAGCUGCCCGAUAUGAAUAUGAUUCAUUCUUUAACUAUCUCGGAUCAGAAAAUAUCAGCGAUCAGCCUCAAUUGCACAGGUGACUGGAUAGCACUGGGUUGUGCAGGAUUAGGACAGCUUCUUGUCUGGGAAUGGCAGAGCGAAACCUAUGUUAUGAAACAACAGGGUCAUUCUAAUAAUAUGUCGUGCUUGGCGUUUUCAACAGAUGGACAAUUGUUAACCACUGGAGGGGAGGAUGGUAAAGUAAAAUUGUGGAACAUUAAUUCGGGAUUUUGCUACGUUACGUUUACCGAGCACACAAGCGCGAUAUCUGCUGUUACUUUUAGUGGAAAUCGUAAGUUUGUCGUUUCUGCUUCGCUCGAUGGUACUGUGCGUGCCUAUGACGUCGUGAGAUACCGAAAUUUUCGUACAUUUACUACUCCUCGUCCGGUACAAUUGGCGUGUGUUGCAGUGGACAGUAGUGGGGAAUUUGUAGCUGCAGGAGGGCAAGAUGUGUUUGAGAUAUUUCUUUGGUCCGUAAAAAUGGGGAGGUUGCUAGAAAUUCUUGCUGGGCAUGAGGGGCCGAUUGCAAGUUUAGCGUUCAGUCCGUCUUCUAUUAGCACUGUGUUAGCCUCUGUGUCCUGGGAUAAAACGCUUCGAAUAUGGGACGCUAUCGAAAAGGGAUCUGCACAUGAAUCCGUUAAAUUAACUGCAGAUGGACUAUGUGUAGCUUUUAAACCAAAUGGAGAAGAAGUCGCAGUUGCAACAUUAGAUGGGCACAUCUCGUUUUUUAAUGUUAAGAGUGCUACGCAAUUGUCGAGUAUUGAAGGCAAAAACGAUUUAGGUAGUGGGGUAUCUGAUACGAAUCUGAUUGGCGCUAAAAAGGUUUUGCAGGCGAAGGCAUUUACUAGCAUUUGUUAUUCGGCGGAUGGGGAGUGUUUAUUAGCCGGUGGGCAUUCAAAAAAUGUAUGCAUUUACAAUGCAAAUGAAGGAAUUAUUCUUAAAAAGUUCGAAAUUACUCAAAAUCGUUCAUUCGAUGCCGUCGACGAUUUCAUUAACAGGAGAAAAUUAACUAACUACGGCAAUAUUGAUUUAGUUGAGGAACGCGAUGAAGGUGAGGGAGGAAACGUUGCGUUGCGUCUUCCAGGUGUAAGAAAAGGCGAUAUGGCGGCAAGAGCUUUCAAACCUGAGGUUCGAGUAUAUGCUUUACAAUUUUCACCUACGGGACAAAUUUGGGCGGCUGCAACAACAGAAGGUCUCCUUGUUUAUUCUUUAAAUUCUGGGUUGGUUUUUGAUCCCUGGGGGCUACAGUUGGGUGUAACGCCUACUGCUGUUAGAGAGGCAAUUGCUCGUGACGAUCAUACCAAUGCUCUAAUGAUGGCAAUGAAAAUUAACGAAACCAGUCUAAUUCAAGAAGUAAUCGAACAGGUCCCUUACAAGGAUGUGGAAUUAACAAUUUCAAAUCUAAGUCAGCAGUAUGUGGAGCGACUUUUGCACAUAAUAGCCAAUUUCUUGGAUAAUUCCAGACAUGUCGAGUUUUACCUGCAAUGGAUUGAAUGUGUAUUUAGCCUACACGGACCGAGCAUAAAACCGCAACAAAACUUUCCUGCAUUGCUCGCAUUGCAAAAAAGUCUUACUAGAAAAUAUGAACAAUUAUCAAAACUAUGCGAUCAUAAUAAGUACACCAUAGAAUACAUUAUCAAACUGGGAGAUCAUCAAAAUAAUGAAAUGACGGAGGUAGUUCAAGAUGGAAAUGAAAGUGACGAUAGUGAAAAAUUGUUUUAUUCGGAUGUAGAAAUGUAAAUAAAGGAACUAUUUGUAUUAUA